UUUUUUCCAUUUUAGACAGAAGAAAUGGCGCUUUCAAACUCCGACGGCUCAAAGGGACUCUUGCAGACUCGAGAAUUGUUUGAGUAUGUAUUGGAGACUAGUGUAUACCCAAGGGAGCCAGAGCUUCUCAAAGAGAUCAGAAUUAUAACUGCAAAUCAUCCACGGAGUCUGAUGUCAACUUCACCAGAUGCUGGCCAACUAAUAGCUCUACUUCAGAAACUGAUAAAUGCCAAAAAUACUAUUGAAAUUGGAGUGUUCACUGGAUAUUCUUUGCUCCUUACAGCACUUACAAUUCCUCAAGAUGGCAAGAUUACAGCUAUAGACAUGAACAAGGAUACAUAUGAGAUGGGAUUGCCAGUUAUCAAAAAAGCUGGAGUUGAACACAAAAUAAACUUCAUACAGUCUCAAGCAUUAUCAGCCCUUGAUGAACUUUUGAAAGAUGAUGCAACUAGAGGAAGUUUUGAUUUUGCUUUUGUUGAUGCUGACAAAGUUAAUUACCAAAAGUACCAUGAAAGAUUAUUGCAAUUGGUGAAAGUUGGUGGUAUAAUAGUGUAUGAUAACACACUAUGGUUUGGGACAGUUGCUAUGCCAGAAGAGUUUGUUAAGGAAGAAUUGAAACCAACUAGGUUUUACAGCAUUGAAUUUAACAAGUUUCUAGCUAAUGAUGAUCGAGUUCAAAUUUCUCAAGUCCCUUUAGGUGACGGAAUCACCAUUUGCUGGCGACUCUAAAGAUUCUGAGGAUCUAUCAGAAAUAAUUUAUUUAUCCUUAAAAGUUAA